CGACUGUUGUUGUGAUUUGGCGCUGUAUAAAUAAAGUUGAAUUGAAUCAGCAUAUUAAAAUGCAUAGUUGGUAUUUUUAUGCAUCACUGUUUUUCACUAUUGUAAACAAACAAUUGCAAAGCGUUUUGUCAGAAGUGGAUUCGAAGCCACGCCUCCAGGUGAGACUGCGACCUGCACACAGGUGGGCUGACGGCAGCUCGUCCUUCAUACACAGUGAUGAUGAUGAGUGUUCAGCGUCUACUGUGGAUGUAUUAACAAACUCCAAACCCGAGUCUUCCGGUUGUUAUUGAUACGAUUCAUCGAUGAUCCCCCAGAUUAUUGGGAGCAGGCUGAGCUGAAACAUGCCGGGACGUGUCUGGUGUCACGGGAUAAUGAGUCAGCGAGGCUUUAAAUAGACUCGGUUUCGUUUCUGCUCUCAGACCGACAGCAGAGACAGUUUCUCUUCUGGUCCCCUUUCGGAUCAAGACCCAACAACAAUGCGGAACCACCACACCAAGCAGACUUCCACAGGUACUGGCACGGCUCAGAAACCAGUCCUCCCUCAGGUCAGAUACCACCCCUCCAUCCAGACUCCAGAAGGCAUCACUGGAACCAGAACCUCCAGUAAAACCAGACCCGGUGCUGCGCGCCCCCUUCAGACUGGGACUGACUCCCGGGCAGAUCCAGGAAACAGCGGCGCCCAAAAAGCUGCCUCGGCUGCGAGACCACCUCCUGAAGGAGGACAGAAAUGGGCACAGAAACCUGUGAAGGAGGCGGUUGCUGCUGAUCCAGAUCCUCCCCAGAAACCUUCCCCAGCAGCCCCUCCCAGACCCGAGCAGGUGCCCCUGGAUGUGGGUGUCCGUCUGGACCGGUGUGUGGUGGAGGAGGUGGAAGUCUUGACCCGCGGACAGAGAAACAACCCAGACUGGUUCGCUUGGAGGAAGAACCGGAUCACGGCCUCGGUGGCACACAGCAUCGCUCGCUCCGGCUUUGUUAACGGCAAGAGCAAAACUCCGCCCACCUCCUACCUGGCUGCUGUCACAGGUGAGGGGCCCAGAGUCCAGACCAGAGCCAUGAGCUGGGGGGUCCACAUGGAGGCUGAGGUCAUCCGCAGGUACCAGAGGCUGAAGUCCUCGGCGUUGGGCCAGCAGGUCUGCGUUUGGGACUGUGGCUUGUUCGUCGACCCCCGGAGGCCCUGGUUGGCUGCCAGUCCUGACGGCAUCGUGACGGACAGACGAAGCGGCCAAUGGCUGCUCUGUCUGGAGGUGAAGUGUCCCUACAAGCACAGACACAGGCGGGUGGAGGACGCCUGCAGGGAGGACCCCGCCUUCUGUCUGCAGCUGCAUGAGGAGGCCACACGGGAGCGCGGCGGGAUUCCAGUGUACCGCCUGAAGACCUCCCACAGCUACUACACUCAGAUCCAGUGUCAGCUGGCGGUGACGGGGCUGCGGGAGGCCGACCUCGUGGUCUUCACCCUGAAGGAAACGGCUGUGGUCCUGGUGACCUUUGACCCCGAGCUGUGGGAGGAGACAGUGUCCAAACUGGAGGUGUUUUACAGGGACGCUGUGCUGCCUCACGUCAGGCAGAAGAUGCAGCAGCGUGCAGCAGCCGCUGGGACGCCGGAGCCGUAGAGGUCCAGGGCUCGCAAAAUCUUUUUUUUGCCAGUCUUUUUUUCCAGUCGGGCUACC